AUGGCAAGCGUGCAGGAAGCAGAACAGAUCAUCCAAAGCUUGAACGGCCAUGGCACGCUUUUGGGGAAGCAUAUUCAACUCAGCAUCCAGAGAUUGUUAUACGAACUCCUCCGGUAUACCAAUGGCAAAACCUUUUCCAAGGCUAGCGCAGCAAAUGAAUCUCCUUUCAUCAACUUCAAGAUACAUCCUAACAGAAUUGUCAUUGAUUGCAAUAAUGACGAUCUAACCAAGGCAGAUGUUGAAGAUAUUUGCCGGCCAGUCAACAAAGAACACAUGAAAGGAGCCAAUUUCAAGACUAUUGUCGCCGCCACCAAGAAGGUUCAUAUUCAAUCUGGAAAUUUCUCAUUUGAGUUUCAACAUAAUGUAUUCGAUGUUGAUAGCGAUAUGAUGAGACCUACUUGGGUCACAUCUGCAGAGACCAUCCCCAACGAUUUUACUCGCAUCACGCUCCACCUCCAUGACCAAGGCAGCAAGGAAGAUAUCCAUAACCUAAGACAAGUCGUUAUCUCUCAGUUUGAAGGCCUUGAGGAGGAAUGCCUGCUUUUUCUGAAAGAUCUUCGAUCAAUGAAGGUCGAAUUUUUCAGCAAAGGUGGCAGCAUGCAGCAAUCCAAGUAUUUUUGGAAGCACACUGUUGAUGAAUAUCGGGUAUCUCUAAAAGUGACUACUGUUGACGAGUGGAAGGAAAAAACUCAUACCCAACUUUACCAUCUGAUAGAGCAGUCAGCAGACGAUAUGGCACCGAAUCUCAUGCUGGCCUUCCCCUUGACGGACGACUUCAAGGUACAAGCUGAUACUAAGACAAAGAAAUUAUUCAACUUUGCGCCGCUGCAAACAUCUCCCCUUGGAUUCCAUAUUCACUCAGACUUCGAGCUUGAAGAUGACCAAUAUAGUGUAGUCGCCACCUCAGCCCAUAAUCUUAGUAUCCGGGACCAGGUCGCGACUGCGUUCUUUCAAGCGAUUUUACAGUUCUGCGAGCACGCGACUCUUCGUUAUCACUGGCCACUGUUCCUUACGCCCAGAGUAAGAGAUUCAGACCAUUUCUGGUCUGGCCUUGACACUGAUAUCCGAAGUUGGGUCGCGCAAAAUCCUGUUCUAAUAUCUCGAGAUAUAAAGCAUUGGCGUCUUAUUAACCACCUUAAUGUUCUUAUUGCAGAUGCUCAAGACAAAGCUGGAAGACCUCUCUUAGACGACCCGAUCAAUGAUCCGUUUCUUUCAAGCAAAUACCCCCAAGAAGUGGCAAAUACGCUGAAAGAAUAUGGUCUUGCAACUCUCAACAGUACUCAAUGUCUCAAACUGUUGAAAUUACAUUUUCACAACCCCAGCUUGAGCCGGGCUACGGUGUGUCGUACGCAGGAGUGGUACGGUGCUCUAGCUCGGCUUCUUUCAAAACUUUUCGUCGAUGAGGAACAUUCUGAGAGGAUAAAAACAGUUCGUCUCCUGCAACUGAGAGAUGGCAGUAUGGUAUCCGCAGCGUCUGGGCCGGUCUAUUUUCCCACAACAGGAAACUUCGAUAUCCCCGAAAACUUGAAUUUGCGAGUCGUUAGCAGUUCUACCAGCCGUGGACACUACCCAAGAGCUCUAUACCAGCAACUCGGAGUCUUACAGGCGACGGUAGUUCAGGUGAGGAGCUUGAUAUUGGAUAGGUUUUCGUCUUCCAAAGACCUUUCACUCCAUGAUAUCAAAAGCUAUCUCCGUUACCUAUACCUCACCCAUCAGUCUUUCAACGCUGAAAAUGAGCAGCCUUACCACGCCGUGAAGAUAAUGACUCUCGAAAUGAAGAUGGAGAUGCCUUGUAGGACCAUUGUGUAUCUACCGGGAAUGGAUCACCCAUAUGCCCCCCGGAGUCUUAUGGGCCUUGGUAUGUUUGGGCUGAGUCAUUCUCUCAACUUCUUACACCCCGAAAUACUGAAGGAUGAACCAAAAAAGCCCGGCUUGUUUCAUUUAUCCUGGAAAAAGUGGUUAUGUGAUUGCCUUGGCAUCCGGGAAAGGCUAAGUCUAUUUGGGCCGAAAACCCUCGCCGAGCAAGAGUCAAACGGGGGCAUUUCUUCAAUCACUGACGACAUCGACGUUCUAUCCGAGGAAUAUAAAUAUGUAUUCAAGAAUCGUCCAGAUAGAUUUUUGGGCUUUGUUCAACAUCUUUGGGUCUUUGACGGGCCCCGACUGCUGAAAAACCCAGCCCUCGUAUCAGAGAUUAAAGGUCUUCCCGCGCAGAACCUAUGCGUUGCAGGCCGUUCACUGAAUCUCCAAGAUGCAUGGAUCCCCCUCAAGGAGCUCAAAGACUGCGUGAAGCAAUACAUGGAGUAUCCUGAUGAGUUUCCUUUCCUGAAGCUUGAGAAGGAGGAACAUAUGGAUCUGGCUAUCGGUACCAAAUGGACUUUUCUAACAAAACAUUUCAGCGUGAAAUGGGAAAAUGAUAUGGAUUUUCUGCUGGAAAUUCUAGAGUCCAUCAAGCACUCAUGCAAUCGACUGUCGCCUUGGCAGACGGGCAAAGUGGUUGAAUUAUACAUAGCCAUAAGGGCGAGGUUUCUGGAAUCCAUCGGCGACGAAAGAGAGCGAACACUGGAGUUCUUUGGCAAUUCUGGUAUCCUGUACAUCGAUAAGACCGGACCAACUUGGACAGGCCUCUCCAGUUGUCUCUGGACUGCGCCUACUGACAUGCUCUCUGCAUAUUCGCUUAGGCGCUUUUACGAAGAAAGGAUUCACGAUAAACGAGAGAUGGAAAGUCUCUACAAUAUGUUCCAUGUGGAAAUGGGUAUACGAGAUGCUACCGUCAAAGACUUGGUCAAGGAAUUGCUUCUCCUACGAAAAGAAGGUUGUGAAGAUGUUAUUCGCGUUGCAGACAUUUACGAAUAUCUGGACAAGGAGAUCAUUGCGUCGCCUGAAAUGAGUGUUAUCUUGGUCAAACGUGGUGCCUCUUUGAUGUGGCUUUCAGCCUCAGAAUGCUAUUGGUCCGAGGCGGGAACAACACAAUUGAAUAGCAGCCUGAAGGGAUGCUACCCCAAUUUAAAGGAAUUCUUUAUCGGAAAAUUGGGCAUCAGUGUAUCCGCUUACGACAAACUCCUGGACCCGUCUUCGACAAGUCUAUCUGACACUAAAAGAAACAUGUUAUUCUUGAUGGAUGAGACGAAUGGAUUGGUGCCCGAAUUUCCUGCAGAGCCAAUCCGAAAAGCAAAAAUCUUCCCAGUCAGGCAUCCACGGCAACCGGGUCAUCCAUUCAGAUUUGAUGAACUGUGUUCUGUUGACACGGAGUUUGCUAUCGGAGACCGUGAAGGUCUCAAGAGAUUACUGGAAUCUAAUAUCAAGAUGUUAAAUUUCGAUCUGAUAGAGGUGCGACGGCUACAACCUCUUUUCAGAUGGCUCUCGAUUGAAGAUCGCUAUCUUUCCAGAUGUGUUAAGGAAAAGUUGGAAUGUGUCUCAACAUACCAGUCGAGACGAUGGAAUUUACGUCCCAAGGCAUAUCACAUUGCUCGUGUUGGUGCAACAUUUAACAGUUACGGGUCCUGCGAUGAUGCACUCUCUUUAUACCAGCGACUACGCACAGUCCAAAUCGUCGAAGUCAUCUACAUUUUUAUGAAACUGGAAAUCCUCCAAGAUGGCCAAGUAAUCCAGUCUGAUCUGAGAUAUAAUGCCUUGGCUCAUAUACACGAUUGCGACGACCAGCUCAUUAUCUAUGUGACGAAAGGCGGCAAAGAUCUGCAGCAGAGCUUUUUCUCAGUCCUGCCCAAAAAGCUUCAGGAAUGGCUGACGGAUAACCCACGCAGAAGCCCCGAUAGCGCCCCAUUUGAAGUCAUCAAUGUACUUACUUCAAUCUUCGCUAGUGAUGUUUCCGUUCUCGAUGGUAUUCUUGAGGACCAAGGUAUUGUGCAAGUUCCUUUUGAGAAUCAGGCUGCCGUCGAAAGAAAAUACAAGAUAAGGGUACGACUCCCUGAGGUAGACCAAAGAGAGGCACGUACUUUGGUCAUACGGUAG